AUGGGGGAAGCAUCUGCUAGUCUAAGAAGCUUGUGGAUUCUAUUUGUCAUCUCUGGUGCCAUUUCCACUAUUUGUAUGCUACUAUCAGCAAUGUCAUGGCAAAAGUUGUGUCUCCAAAGUCAAGAAUUGGCACCAAAACAUAAUGGCACAACAAGUGAUGAGAGUAUUUGGAGAAGGGUGAUUACACUUGCAAUGCAGAUUUAUAGCAAAAGGGUCAACAAUUCAAGUGAUGUAUCUGAUAAUAUAAGUGAUCAUUCUUUUUCUUUUGGAAGGGACAAUCAUUUGAGAGAUAAUGAUAGCACUGGGCAACAACAUCAUCAUCAACGUGUAAAUGGAAUCUUGAUGCAACUUUUUCCACCACCACCAGAAGAAGCAGCAAAAAUUUCAGAUCUUCCUCAUCACUGA